UGACAACAGCCAACAGGCAGUAAGGGCUAAGCGAGCAGAAGAAAUAUAUGGCGACGUGGAUAUCUUUUGCGCCUCCAAAUUCCUUUUAUUUACGGCUCAUGCCACCGCCGGCGUCGGCGUCGGGCGCUUGGAGGCGCCGGCGUAUUAUUAAGCCCAUCAAUUGUGGUCCUUCUCUUGAGCAACAACAGGACCUCCAACUCCGAGAGCAGGAUGGCGAUGAGGCGGUGAUUCUGUGUGAACUCUGCAACGGGAAAGGAUGGUUGCUCUGUGACUUUUGUAAAGGACAGAAAACGAAUGUCCAAGCUGAGAACAAGAGAAUUUACAGGCGAUGCCCUUCUUGUAAAGCUGUGGGAUGUGUGUUGUGUACAAAGUGUAAAGUGUUCAAGUGUGUUACUUUCCCUAACCCGGAAGAUGGCGUCGAACUUCAGUUUUGAAAACCUCCUCGUGGCUUCAACAUUCUUUCGUCGAGGACCCAUUUGAGUUUCAGGUUCUCUUCUUUUCCCCAUUGCAUAAACUGUUGUCUCGGCCGGGCGAUUGAAAUUUCGAUGUAUAUCCAACCAUAUGUAUAAUCCCAUUGUUACAUUUUCUUUGUUGAUCUAACGGCUGCAUUGGAUUAUGUUUAAGUUGCUAUAUCCAUAGAUCAUAUCAACCGCUGAAAAGAGUUGGGCCA